CUCUCUCCCAGAGCCGACGUCCAACAGCCCAACCGACGCGAGGUCUCCGCCGCCCGACACCUCCUCCUCGCUUAGCCCUCCCCCGGAUGCUACCACCCCCAGCCACGCGAUGGCCGUGCCAGACGAUCCCCCAGGACACCCCGCGCCCAAUGGCCGUGCCCGAGACGUGGAGAAGCCCGGUGAGCAGCACGCCACGGCAAGCGAAAUGGAGGGGGCAUCCCGUCAGUCUACUCCUCUCAGCGAAUUGUCCUCAGCUCCAGAAACUGCUCCAGACGACGAGGUCCCCAACAGCGACGGCCUUGCGCGCACUCUCGACGGCGACGCGACCAGCGCCAAGCCCGGUGGUGGUGGAGGUGGUGCGUCCGCGGCCACAAAAGACGGCAACUCUGCCUCGCAACAGCAAACUUUCUCGUCCCCGGCCUCCCAGGCGCCUUCAAAUACCAAUGCGGACGGCUCGACGGCCGCAGGCGGCGACCAGAGCGCGGAUGGUACUAUGAUCCCCAAAAUGGCGUUAGGCCAGCACUUCGGUCAGUUGUCGCUACCGGACCGCACCCCUUCCAGUCAAGCGUUGUCCAGGGCAUCCUCGCAUGAUCCUAAAGUGGUCAGCAUAUUGGAACUCAAUUCGCUAUUACUUAGAGUCUCUAUGGAGUACCAAGCACGAGGUGUGCCGAUGACCGAACCAGGUUUUCACCAAUAUUCAUUAAGACUGCAGUCAAAUCUCACAUGGCUUGCAGCCGCGGCGGACGAUAGCCAUAAAGUCAGCCCAAACCUUGUUGCGCUCCCCAUCAUGCAGCCUCCUCCUAUCGUCGAGUUCUCUGAGAUGGAGCGUAUAGUCCAGAUUUACCGCGAGCUUCCCACCGUCUUUGCAAAGGAGAUCGCCCGUCGACAGCAGCAGGGCAUGAACGGGAAUGCUAAGCGGGAACGGACCGAGGAACCUGGCCCGGACAACCUCCACAAGCGUCGAGAUACAGGCGAGACCAAGGCUCCGACCACGCCCUUCAUCACCCCAGGUCCGUCAACACCACAUCCGCCGUCACAGCCCAUGCAGCCGGUGAUGAACCCCAUGGCGAACCUGUCUGCCGGACCGGUCCCGCGCAUGGGCAGCCCGGCUAUGCCGCCCCCGCCGGUGCCUCCAGGUGCGAUGGGCGCGAACGAGGCCCAGCUGGCCGCGAUGCGUGCGCGGCAGCAGAUGCGCAUGGCGGCGAUGCAGCAGCAACCGGACGGUCGCCAGAUGUCUCCCCCUUCGGGCAUGAUGGGGAUGGGGAUGGGGAGCAUGCAGAACGUCGCGGGGCCGUCGUCGAUGGCGAACGUGCCCCAGCAGCUCACGCCCCAGCAGAUGGCGGCGCUGCAGGCGAUGGGCCCGCAGGCGGUGCAGAACUUCCAGGCGUUGCAGACCCCGGGGCACCCGUUCGUGCAGUAUCUGACGCAGCAGAUGCCCGGGUUCCCGCAGCUGCCGCUCCAGGAGAAGCUGCAGAAGAUGCAGAUGGCGCAGCAAAUGUUGCAGGCCCGCCAACAGCAGCGGAACGCCCAGGCGCAGGGGGGUGGUGCGAUGGGCGCCUUCCCCCAAGGGGGCAUGCAGGGCGGUCUGACGCCUCAGCAUACUGGCGACGGCAGCCCGUCGAGGAUGUCGCCGGUGUCGCAGUCGCCUAUGCAGCCGUCGUUCCCCCAGAACGCACCUGGCGACCCACGGUCCAUGAUGACGCCGCAGCAGCAACAGGUCCUCGCGAGCAUGAAUCCCCAGCAGCGGCAGCUGUACCUCAUGCAGCAGCAGAUGCUGCGCGGCGGGCAGCAGGUGGGCGGCGGGAUGAACCCGCAGAUGAUGAACCCCCAGCAGGUCAUGCAGGAGCGCAUGCGGAUAGAGCAGCAGCGGCUAGCCCAGGCGCAGGCACAGGCCGCCGCCUCGGGACACGUCUCCCCGCCGAACGCCAUGGGCUCCCCGAUGGUCGACGGCCCCCAGUUCCCUGCGCUGCGCUCAAACCCGGGCAUGCCGGGGAUCGCGCGGAGCACGCGGACGCCGUCGGACUCGAACCCCUCGCCGGUGUCGGGCCAGCGCAUGUCGAUGUCCGGCCAGAGCCCCGAGGACCAGCAGCGCGCGAUGAUGAUGCAGCAGGCGCAGGUGCAGCAGCGGGGGAUGGCCCCACAGCAGCAGCAGAUGCAGGCCGGCUUCGGGAACGGGAACCCGAUGGCGAACCAGGCGUACGCCGCGCACAUGCAGCAGAUGGGCAUGGGUGCGCAGAACCCGAACCCGUACGGGAUGGGCUCGCCGCCGGGCUCCGCGGGGGGCGCGCCGUCGCCUGCGGCAGGCGGGCAGAUGUACGGGGGCAUGGGGGGACAGGGAUUCCCGGGGGCGGGUGGAGGCGGGGGCGGGCCGUUCAUGGCGCCGUCGCCGUCGGCGAGCCAGCACGACGGGAUGACGCCGGGGCGGCAGACGAGCGCGACGCCUGCGCCUCAUCCGCAGAUGGGCGGCGCGAACCCGGGGGGCGACCAGGCGGGGCUGAGCGAGCUCGACUUCUUCAACUGGGGCCAGUGAUCCCGAGUCUGCGUCGGUCGGUCGUGGUUUGCCUUUCGAUCUGUUCUUCCGCCCUGUGCGUAGUUGUGUCUGUUGCUCGCCGGAUCUCCCGCGCCCGCUCCUCUGCUGUUCGUCGUUUAUGCCGUCGUGCUGGGACUUCUCUGUCUUCUAUGCUUACGUCGUUCGCUAUCCGCUAAGUACUACUACUAUUAUCUUAACAGGCACCCUACGCACCUCCCACGCCCCGCCUAUGCGCUGCGGUCCGUCUAUCCCCAUCUCCAUCCCCGUCGCCAUCCCCGCUAUCAGUCCUCGCGUCGUCUUGUAUACUUUGGCUCUGCCCGUCGUCCUCCCUUCCCGCUAUCCUCCUUACUCUGGGCCGACCGCCCUGCCUUCGGUCUGUCUGUAUCGUACUUAGGGGCCGAUCUGUCGUAGUAUUUCUCUCGAAGCUAUGGAUACAUCCCUGUUGUAAACUGUCGCUGACUCUGUGGGGUUGGGGAUGGCUGGCAGAGUCGUUGCGAUUCAUCUGCUGUCGAUGAAGGGCCAUGGCUUUCGUAGGACCGUUGAGUUGCUUAUCACCGGCCGCGGGAUCAUGUGUGGUGCGGUGGGCGUGCGACAUGUCGAUUCCUCCGAUCCUCAACGGACUUCGCGAAGCCCAGGUGUCUUGCGGGUUGGGUGAGAGCAGUGCUCGAGGCACAUAUCAUGACUCGACUCGAUCAAUAUGAUUGUCAUCGUCAUGAUCAUCCGAAUAUUGGCAAUCGUGGACAUGGGUGGCGGGACGAUCUC